GUCUCCUAGUGUCCGCCUCAUCCGGUGUUUUAUUUAUUUAUUUAUUUUUAACCUAAAGUGUGGAUUAAUGUUCUUGGAAAUGGUUAGGAAUCAGGACUUAGCUACAGGGUGAACAGAUUUUAAUUGGUUCCAACAAGUUUCAAUUUUGACCAAAGAAUUAGAAUAACAGGGCCCCUGAAAUACAAUUCGAAAUUCAUAAUUUAGUUUUCAACAAGCUGACUAAGUCAAAUAAUACCUCAUAUCAAACUGUAAACCUGCCCCAAUUCCCCACUAUCUCCAUUUCCUCUCUUCACUCCAAGUAACUACCUCUUCCCCAUUAACCUGCUCGACUAAUAAAGCCGCAACUCCCGACUCCGAAACCCCACUUCAUAACUUAGCAUAGCUUUCUCUUUUUCUCUACUUUCAGAACAAGAUCGAAGCUUCUCAUAUACAUGCAUAAUGGCUACCUUCAAGCUACUACUGCUCCUCUUCACCAUCUUCUCUUCUCUUCAUUACUUUUCUGUUUCUUCCUUCGAAUACCAAGUUGGUGGCAACAAAGGUUGGGUUGUUCCUCCUGCUAAUGACACCAGAAUCUACAAUGACUGGGCUUCUGAGAACCGCUUCCAAGUUGGCGAUAGUAUCAGGUUUAGGUAUAAGAAGGAUUCUGUAAUGGAGGUAACGGAAGAAGAGUACAAGAAGUGCAAUUCUAGUCACCCUACUUUCUUCUCCAACACAGGCAAUACUGUGUACAAGCUUGACCAUUCGGGACCUUUGUACUUCAUUAGUGGAGUUUCUGGGCAUUGCCAAAAGGGACAGAAGAUGGUUGUCAAGGUUAUGGCUGCUGAAGAGGAUUAUUCUUCUCAUGGUGGUGGUGGUAAUGGCGAAAAAUCAGGUGCUUCUCCUUCUGCAAUGAUGCUUCCUUUUGGAGUGUCCAAAGUUGCCUGUCUCCAACUGGUUCUUGCUUAUGUUGCUUCUUGCAUCUUCUACUAGUUUAUAUUUUUCAUUUAUAAUUUCAGUUGUGGUUUCUGUUACAGGCUUUCUUUGCAGAAUUAUUGCUACGUACUGUAAUGUGUUUGUUCAGUUAUUUUAUAAAUCCUUUUCAUUAUUGACUACCCAUAUGCUUACAUCAAUUAUUUAAACAU